CCGUGUGACCAAGUGCCACUAGGGAGCGUCCAGGCGGGGUGACCUCCAGUGCGCCAGGUAUAUAGCUUCGGUCAUCUCCCCAGGCAUCGUCAGUCACUACCUCCGAGCGUGCAGCAUCCUCAUCUUCAACUCCCACAGCAUGUCGAUCAAGCUCUCAGCCGCCGUGUGCUUUCUGGGCCUGGUGUCUUGCGCCCUCGCCGACAGCCCUCUGUAUGGACCUCCCGCCCCGCUUCACCACAACCACAUUCCCGUUCAUGAUCACAAAUUUCCUUACGAUUUCGCAUACGGCGUGGCCGACCACUACACUGGCGCCGACUUCGGCCACACUGAAACCUCCGACGGGAACGCAGUGAAGGGUUCCUACCACGUCCUCCUCCCUGAUGGGCGCAAGCAGAUCGUCACCUACACAGCCGACCACUACAACGGCUUCCAGGCCCAUGUUGCCUACGAAGGUGUAGCCCAUUAUCCGGAUCAACCUGCACCAAUCUACGGUUAAAUCUAUUUACGUUUCAUAUAUUUCUUAUGUAGUCUGGAUAAAAUAUGCCAUGUAUUUUUUUCCUUAUACAGAUAUUGAAAUUUCAUACAAAUUGCCGAUCAUAUGCCAUGCAUUUUAUUUUAGUAUAUAAGCUUAUAAUAUUACUCAAAAUCAAUAUUGUUGUGCUGUCGUUUCUCUUCAGAUUUAUCACAUUUCUCUGUGGAUUAAGGGAACACACUUUCAGUCAUAUCUAUCUCCUUAAGAGCCUUGAAAAGAUAGCCUAAAGCGCUUCCCCUAAAUUUGAAUAAUCUUAAAAUCCAUUGAUAUCUUUAUCUUCUCCUUCCAUCCGUUAUCUCUCUCUUAUCGUUAUUUUAUCCGUUUAAAAUAUUUUUGUUUUCAAUAUUACAUAUUGACAUUUAAAGGAUAAA